GCCUGCUGGCGGCUCAGUUCCUGCUCGCGUAUCGACGAGCGAGGACGAAGGUGGUUGGACUUGUGAAGGUGGUGUGUAUGCGCGCGCGCGAGACAGAGCCGCUAGUUGGUGGUGAUAUGUGAUCGGCGAGAAAGCCGGAGCGAAAAGGCGGCCGGAGUGCGAGCAGCCGAAAAUGCAGCCGAACGCGAUCGCGUUGGCGCGUUGCCUGCUGCUUCUGCUGCUGAUGGUGGCCGCAGCGAGCGCGAGGAUCCACAAGCUGGACAUACGGAAAGAUAACCGACCGUACAUCGCCCUCACUACGUUCGGCUUCUACAAGGGCGGCAUUCUCAUCGUAAAUCUCACGAACUUCCAGUUCCAGUCGGUAGACCCCGAUAAGAAGCUAACGUCGGAAACGACGGACAAGGCUGUGUUCGGAUUCAGCCUCGACCGAACGCUCAUCGACGCGAUCAAUCCGUACAUCUACAAUCAUCUGGAGAGAUGUUUGCUGCAAAACGCCACGACCCCGAGGACGGAGCCGAGGGACGACAGCUCGAUCAUAUAUUUUACGAUGGAUUUGAAGAAUUUGGUGAUGCACGUGAACUGCAGUCGCAACGUGCGUACUACGCACAUUUACAAAGAUUCCAGCAGAAUACUGAUAUUCCGUACGAAGAGGGACUCGUUACCGGCGCGACUCAGCGACACCGCGCUCUUCCCGCGAAGGAAGCGCAACACGUCGCACGAGCUCGCGAAGCCCAUCAGUGGCGAUGAUGCGAACGGCGGCGGGUCGAAGAGCAACACGUGCUGCCGCCUGAAACUGCCGAUGAUGGUCAACAACCACGCGAACGGCAGGAAGUCGUACAACACGAGCUUCGUCAUGUACGUGGCUAACGAGGAGGAGGAGGGCCUGUACAAUCUUUACUUUCACAAUUGCCUGAAUUACAAUUACGAGGCUCCGCUGUCGGUGGACUUCACGAUGCAAAUAGCGGAGAUUAAUAACGACAACUUCCUCAGCGCGGGCGAGAUGCCCCUGCCGGCGUUGUACUUCACGAUGGCGCUCCUCUUCUUCCUGUCGGGCUGCUUUUGGGUGUUUAUUCUGGCCAAGAGCAAGCGCUCGGUGUUCAGGAUCCACUAUUUAAUGGCGGUCUUGGUGUACCUGAAGUCCCUGUCGUUGUUGUUCCACGGUAUAAACUACCACUUCAUCCAGACCAAGGGCGAGCACGUUGAAGCAUGGGCGAUUUUAUACUACAUCUCUCAUUUACUGAAAGGCGCCGUUCUCUUCAUCACCAUGGUGCUCGUUGGCACCGGAUGGACCUUUAUAAAACAUAUUCUCUCGGACAAGGAGAAGAAGUUCUUCAUGCUCGUCAUACCGUUGCAAGUAUUGGCGAACGUGGCCGAGAUAAUAAUCGAAGAGAGCGAAGUGGGCAAUCUCGAGCACCAGACUUGGCGGGACAUUUUCAUACUCGUCGAUCUGCUUUGUUGCGGCGCGAUUAUAUUCCCGGUGGUGUGGAGCAUCAAGCACCUGGAGGAGGCCGCCCGCACGAGCGACAAGGCGGCCAUUACUUUGCGCAAGCUCAAGCUGUUCAAGCAUUUCUACAUUAUGAUAGUUUGCUACAUAUAUUUCACCAGAAUUAUCAUGUACCUACUGAAGAUCACCGUGAGGUUUGAGUAUCAGUGGCUGGACGAAACGUUCCGCGAGAUGGCGACCUACGUGUUCUUCGUUCUGACAGGAUACAAGUUCCGACCAGCCUCUACGAAUCCAUAUUUUACAGUGCCGAGCGAUGAAGUGCGGCUGGACGACGACGACGACGACGACAGGAUGGACGUCGUCGUUUCCGGUAACGGACUCACCAAGGACUUCAGUAAAGUGAGCAAAGUGCCGAGGGCGGUGAGACCUUUAAGCGGGAAAGUGCCGUCCACAGCGGAGGAGCGGCACAUCAUUCUCUAUCAGAAGACGGAUUCCUCCUAAUCGCGCUUGCGACGGGCCCGAUCACACACGUACACGCGUGGUCGACCUGAGAUACUCGUCACACGACGAAUGCGCGCCCGGGUCUUCUUACGGAUGUUCGAAGCUACACUGCGGAUUGAAGCGGGCAAACGACCGCCGAAACGAGCGCAGAAAACCUUGAUAAUCGCGCGUCUCGAAACACCGAGUUUUCGCGGAAAGGGCAAGCAGAAACGGCCAGCCCGGUUUGCAAACGCGUGCGUACGCAACCGACAAUCGAGGCUGGGCUAAACAUUUAUAUUUAUAUCCGUGUUUAACAGGACAGAAACCAUUCUCUAUUGUUCGGCGACGACGAGGAUGAUGACGAGGAUCGACCUCGCAUCAUCGAAUCGUCGCGCAUCUUUUCUUUUCGAUUUCGAAUAUCUCUCUCUUUUUCGAACCUCUUCCGUUUCCGCGCGAGCCAUCGUCCACCGUUCAAUCCGACGUUAGCGCGACGUUCUUUUUAGUGAGACAUUUAUAUCCGAUAGAGCGAACUUAGAGUUUAUCUAGCGUACUUAGCGCUCCACGAUGUCACGAUUCCAAUGUGAGCGAGCGCGUCGAUUUUCGACGUGCCCUUUCGUAGUCGGUUUUUCCGUAGGCAUUUAGAGAAACAUUUCCAUUGCGUUUUCUUCUCCCAUGACACGCGCUCACUCAGUCUCCUCGAAUGUACGCGAAUCUCAUUUUGUUGAACAACUCAUUCGAGGUAUAUUCUUCUUUUCUCCUUUUGUCUACUUUCUUUUAUUUUGUAUCGCAUCUCGUAAUCUUACUCGUAGGGGAAGCGUAGGGGAAGCGGCUGGCUGUACCGGACCAAGCGGUGCAAGGUGAACUUUAUCUAACGAUAUGUGUCCUCUUUCACUAUCGCGCGCGAUACCGCGCGAUAUUAUUUCGUGCUAAGGUCAACAUUACCAUUAUUAUUACUAUUGUACACACGUUGUCGUCACUGUUAUACCUGUUAUUAUCAUUAACUAUAUGCGUGCGUAUAUACACCGAAUGGGACGCGAAGAGGGAGCCAAGUUGAAUGAAUAAAGCGGAUAUUUUUAUGAAAA